AUGGCAGAGCCCAUCCAGCAGCUGACCAGGAACAACAACCCCCAGGAGAGACAGACCAUCCCCUUCACUCUGAUCCAGCGCAAGGAGAAGCUGGGAGACCUGCUCUAUGAGAAGCGACAGUAUGGGAAAGCCAAGUGGGCUUGUAUCAAGAUGAAGGAGAAACAGUAUGAGCAGAGCAUCUGCCUUGGCUUCAUGAAGCUCAUGAGGUACAUCUGUGAGCAAAACUCCUCAGGGCUGUACUUGGGGAUAACCAUCCCCAUUGUGACCAUAGUGCACACAAAUGAGUCCCAGUCGGCGAUGACACCGUCUGUGACUGUAGCCUAUUACCUGCCUGAGGUGCUGCAGGAGGAGCCUCCUCAUCCCUUUGACUCCGACAUCAUCAUCGAGGAAUGGCCUUCUACUAUUGUCUAUAGUAGGAGCUUCAGAGGAAUCACCAAUGAAGACUCCAUCAUGAGAGAAAUCAACCUGCUGGCAGCCAUCCUGGAGAGCCCCGAGCUGUGCCUGCAGGACACAUUCAUCAUUGCGGGCUACACUAACCCAGCCGCGGCCAACCGCCACAACGAGAUCUGGUUCCUGCAGAGACCCUGA